AAUCCAGGAUACUGACAAGAUACCGAGCAACCGAGCAAACAGUUGUGUUCCAAAGACGAAGUUCAAUUCCGUCAUUCUUAAACCUUUCUUCUCGUGUCAGUGGAGGUCCUGAGUCUCCUGACUCCUGAAGUCCUUUGCUGCGAGUCAAACUCUGGUUUCCUCAUCCAUUUUUGUGGAGUAUUUCCCUCUUGAUCUCAAGGAGCACCUGAUCUGCUUUCCCUACACCAUGGAUGUAAACGAUCAUGAUCAGGAAUCAUCAUUAUCAGCCAUGGAAGAUUUCUUCUGCUACCAUUUCAAAGACAAGACUCUACUGCAGAAAGCCUUGACCCACUCCUCCUACGCUGGCUCAUCCCUCUCUUACGAGCGUCUAGAGUUCCUGGGCGACGCCGCUCUUGGCCUUGCCGUCGCCGAGUACGGCUUCCAAACCUAUCCUGAACUCAAACCUGGUCAACUCACUCUUCUCCGCGCAGCCAACAUCGACACCGAGAACCUCGCCCGUGUCGCCGUCCGCCAUGAUCUCUACCGCUUCGUCCGUCGCAAGACCCCUUCUCUUGAUGCCAGGGUUAAGAAGUUCACCCAAGCAGUUCAAGAAGAAGACGACGCCGGAACCUACUGUGGAUCGGUUAAAGCGCCUAAGGUUUUGGCUGACAUUGUUGAAUCUAUUGCCGCAGCUGUUUACAUCGACUGUAAUCGUGAUAUCCAAGCUCUAUGGGAGGUUUUUAAGAAUGUUAUGGAGCCACUUGUAACCCUUGAAACCUUACACAAACAUUUACCGCCCACGAAAAUUCUCUACGAGUUCUGGCAGAAACAGGGCAAGAAAGUUGAGAUUAAGGAUUAUUGGGAAGGGUCUGAGAAUUUCGCUAAUGUUUAUGUGGAUGGGAAGCUCAUGGGCUCUGCUUCUGCAGAGCAGACGAAAAUUGCAAGAUUUAAAGCGGCAUCCGAAGCUUUACAGAAUCUGCUGUUGAAAUCUGAUGAUUCAGAAACUGAUGAAGAUGGUGAUGGAGAUGAGGAGAUUAAGGGGGCUAAGUCCAAGUUGAAUGAUCUCUAUAUCAAAGACAAGGAGAAGUGGCGUCAGCCCAAGUAUAAAAUCGAGCAAGAGAUUGGUCCUCCCCACGAGAAGAAAUACAUCUGUUCAGUUGAACUAAAAACUGUUGAUGGUGAUACACACUCUAAAACUGGAGAAAUAAGGUCAAGAGUUAAGGAUGCAGAGAACUCAGCAGCUUAUAUGAUGCUUCAGGACUUUUGCAUCUCCACCCUCUCUCCCGCUCGCCUGCUGCAACUGACCAGAGCGGUUGCAGUCUCCGGCACCGGAGACGGCACCGUCACCGUCACCGUCACCGGCACCGAGCGAUUGUUGAUGAAGUUGAAGAUGAACCUUCUGAAGGAGGAGUACGAGUUUCUUACGCUUUCGUACACCAUGGAUGGGUUCGAUCGCAUGGACUACUCAUCACCAUCGUCACUAUCUUCCAUGGCUACGGCCGCAGUGGACAUGAACAUGAGAGAAGCAGUUGCAGCUGUGGAAAGCCUCCUCUGUUACCGCUUCAGGGACAAGACUCUCCUCCAGGAAGCCUUGACCCACUCUUCCUAUACCGAAUCCCCUUCCUACCAGCGUCUAGAGUUCGUCGGCGACGCGGCUCUCGGCCUUGCCCUUGCCGAAUAUGUUUUCAGAGCUUAUCCUGGACUUGACCCUGGUCAGCUCUCUCUCCUCCGUGCCGCCAACAUCAGCACCGAGAACCUCGCUCGUGUCGCGGUUCGCCAUGAGCUCUACCGUUAUGUACGGCACAAUGCCCCUUCUCUUGAUGCCAAGGUUAGCGAGUUCGUCCUUGCAGUUCAAGAGGAAGAUGGUGCCGUUACCUACUGUGGGUCGGUUAAAGCACCCAAGAUUUUGGCUGACAUUGUUGAAUCCGUUGCCGCAGCUGUUUACGUCGACUGUAAUUAUGACCUCAAAGCUCUAUGGGAGGUUUUUAAGAGCCUUAUGGAGCCAAUUGUAACCCUGGAAACCUUACACAAGCAACCACAGCCGGUGACCAUGUUGUUUGAGUUCUGCCAGAAGCAGGGCAAGCAAGUUGACAUUAAGCAUUGGAGAAAAGAGUCCAAGAAUGUUGCUAGUGUUUACGUGGAUGGGAAGCUCAUUGGCUCUGGCUCUUCAGAGCAAAAGGAUAUUGCAAAACUUAAUGCGGCAAAGGAAGCUUUGGAGAAGCUGUGGAAAUCCGAACCUUCGGAGAUGGAGACUGAAGGUGUUAAUGGAGCUGAGGAGAUUGAGGGGGCUAAGCACAAGUUGAAUGAGCUCUGUGGCAAGAAGAAGUGGCGUCAAGCCAAGUAUAGAGUAGAAAGAGAGGUUGGCCUUCCCCAUGAAAGGAAAUUUAUCUGUUCAGUUCAAGUAGAAACUGUUGAUGGUACAUAUUUUACAACUGGAGAUAUAAGGUCAAGGGUAAAGGAUGCAGAGAACUCAGCAGCUUCCAUGAUGCUUCAGGGCUUGAAAGAUAGUGAAAAUUGUGUUGGACUGGUAGUCUGAAUAGAACAGAUACCAACAUUGUUGGACCUUUUAUAUUAUUGAUGUAGUUUUACCUUGAACAGGUAGUUGGAUAUGUUGACAUGUCAUGAGAUGCAGCUGGGAUCCUCGAUUCAAAAUGCGGAUUUGUAUCUUAUUCAGUACUGUUUUAUUAUAAGUUAUUUCUGUAGUUUUCAACUGCUA